AUGUCUACAGAUACACUGUUGAAUGGGUUUCGUGUGUACAAAGAUUACAAGAGCAAGGAUUCUUAUUAUAGGGAUUUUCGUAGAAGAAAGCGCGAUUUAGAUGUAAUUGAGAAUAGGUUUGCGGGCCUAUUAGGAUAUGAAAACAAUGCUCCAAAUUAUACUACACCUCCUGGAGUUUCCAUCUCUCUUAGGUCUGAAUGCUAUGCCCUAUUUAAUUCCUUAUCCUCUGAUCCGGAGUUACUGGCUCAGUUUAGAAAGCUGAUUAGCGAUUCUUUGGUAAUUGAUGGACCUGUAACAGACAAACCCUUCAAACUUCAAGACAAUGGUGAUAACUUGGUAUCAUUACUACGUUUUCUUUUUAAUACACUCUCACAAAAGUAUGAAGAAGCAAGUAAUUUAAAGGAUGCGGUGACAGCAUUAAAAGAGGAGCAGUUAGAACUGAGUCAAUGCCUUUUAGAUUCAUACGAGGUUAACAAUUUGCAAACUAGAAUAGCUCUAUUGACUGAUGAAAAAUUGAAUCUUAGUAAUACUGUCUUACAGUUACACAAAGAAUAUGGUUUAGAUGCUAAAAAUCAUGAAGAAUCUCUUUUAUAUGAUUUAAACAAUCUAAGCACUGCUUAUCAACGUCUCUACGACGAGUAUGCAAAUCUUGAGCACGAACUUUAUUCUGCAAAUUUAAAAAACGAUUAUUUAUCUAAAAGGCUCUUUGAUGUAGAGUCAUAUCUUUCCAUGCAGUAUUUUAUAAAUGGCUUAUAUCCACCAGAGUUUGAGCAGAUCCAUGCUGACAUGUCCGAUAUUCCAGAUACAGAUUCUUUAGAAUGUUGUUCUGAUAGUCGAUUAGAUGACUACACAGAAAUUGAUAUAUUUGCAGCUGAUGACAGAGAUUCAAAAGGUUUCCUUGAAGCGUUUAGAUUUUACAAAUCUGGUAUUGUGGAAAAUGAUGAGUCACAAAUUAAUCCUCCUAUUUUUAAUUCUGAUGAUAAAUACAACGACUUAGUAAGGAAAUUAGAUGAGUAUAAAAAGGAGAACCAGGUCCUACGUAUAGAAAAUGAGACAUUAAGUAGUCAAAAAUACAGUACUGAUGAGAUAUUGAGGCAGAAUAACGCAGCUAUCUCUGGUUUUGCUACGAUUGGUCAACUACUUCAUCAGAUUACAAUUUCUAUAGAAAACUUGAGUGAUUUAGAACAUUCAGGACAUGCUCACACUGUCGCAAAAACUUACAUUACACAGAGUGAAGACAAGCUAAAUGUUUUGGAAUACGAAAAUAAGGCAUUUAAAGCAAAGUUGAUGGAGCUAUACGAAGAUCUACACAGAGAAUCUUCAUCCAACUUUUCACUACAAAGGCAGCUCUCCCAAACUAAGAUGGAAUUGGACCAUGCAAAAGAGGCAUUUUUCAAUCUAGAAAACCUAAAUGUUGUCAUAUUACGCAAUGAAGAAGAAUUAAAUUUGUUAAAAUCAAACAAAGAAUUAUACCUGGAACAGUUGAAUAGCAUGCAAAAUGAGGCUGCACAUCUUAAUGAAGAAAAACACACAUUGGUUCUGAAGUUGAGGACAUUCGAAGCAAUGAAUGAAUCAAGUAUGACAGAAUGUGGAGUUUUGAGAGAAGAAAUAGCUCAACUCAGGGCGAUUGUGAAUGGCCACUUUCCUUCUAAUCACGGAAUACGAGACAAACUAUCAAAACUAGAAUUGGAAAGUAACUGCAAAUUACUCGAAGAUAAGCUUUCUAGAUCUAGGAUUGAAGCUUCUAACUUGCAUAAUACAAAUGGACAAUUACUGUUUUCCAUGAUGGAAUUGAGAAGAGAACUGGAAAGAGAGCGUUACGAGAAUGUCUAUUACUCCAAGCAGAUAUCGUCAUACAUUGCCAAUGAAAGCAAGAUAAGAAUACAACUCGAUCAUUAUACUAACCAGAUUGAGAGUUUGACAGCAUCAUUGGAGACUACUAAUGAGUUGCUAAAUUCCAGAUCCGCGGAGCUGUCCGCUGCCGCGGAUAAGAUUUUUGAAAAGGACCGCCAAAUUUUGAGUUUUGAAGCUCGGAUUGAUAUGAUUUUAUCAUUUUAUACAAAAAUCAUAGAUAUAAUCAAUCAGGCAACACCAACAAAACUUUCUGAUACAUCUCUUAGUAUUUUGGAGUUAUCACAGUUUGAUACCACCUAUUAUAAUAAUCUUUUUGAAACAAUACAACGGGUAUCUAUAAAAGUGAAUGAUAAUUUUGAUCAAAAUUCGUUAUCCAAAGGGCUAAAUCAAGCAAGUCAAAAGAUAUAUAACAUUCUAAACUUUAAUUAUAUAACAUCGACAUUGGCAAUAUCGCUAUGCAAGGAGCUCCAUAAAAGAGAUGGAAGCCACAUAAAUACAACUAAGAAGGAUAAUAUAAUUUUAAGCACCAAGGAACUAGCAGAAAUUGAUACUAUAAAGAUGGAAUAUGUUUCCAAAAUUAGUGAACUAGAGGCUCAAAUACGUGAGCUACAGCAUUUGAACAAACAGAAUCAAAAAUUUACAUGGGAGAAUUCCAUACAAAGAAUUACAGAAAAAUACGAAAAGUCAUCGGAGGAACUAAAGUUUAUGUUGAAAGAGUGCAAUAAUUUGAUAAAUUUGAAUGAAAUGGCCCUAGAAUCUCUUCGAAAGGACAAUGCACGUCUACUGUCUGACCAUACCAAUGCUGCAAAUGUAAUAAUAGAGUAUCAGGAUAGGCUUAAUUCUAAUAUAAACGAGCGUAACGUAUUAAAAGAAGUUUUAUACUCUAUUAUUCCUGAAUCUCUAAGGGAAGUUUGCGACAAGGAUGACCCAAUAGGUAAUAUUAAAGCACUCGAUAAAUACAUAGAGUCAAUGAAAUUAGAUAGAAAUAUGGUCAUUAAUGAUGACAUUCCUAGACGUCAAAAUACAGUUUUAGAUUAUAAAAACAGGGAGAACAAUGAUGAUUACAUUUUAUCCAACUACAAGGAUAACAUCAAUCGUCAAAAUAUUGUUAUUGAUGAACUUGUUUCUAAUGUGGAUUAUUACUAUAGAUUUAUAAGAGACAACAUACAAAGUCAAAUAAAGGAAAUAUCUGACUAUACAGAUGGUGAAACGGACCUUGAAAGUCCCUUGAAUGUAACGGGAAAAUUUUCAGAUGAUACAAUUUAUGACAAUGGAUCUGAUUACUCUGAUUCGGACUAUGACUAUACAAAUGCCGACGACAUUUCUCAAAAGCAUACGAAAUAUUUUGAAAUUAUAAUAAAAUUGUUGGACAGGUUGAAAUACGCAUAUAGUAUGAUUUUACCUAAAAAGAUUUCAGAUGUGAACAUUGAAGAAAAAUUCGGUCUAUCUGCUCCUGGGGACAUGAAAAUCAUACGCCACUUCUCGCAAUUAUGCCAUAUUCUCAAGGAAAUAACACACGGUACUCCAAGACAGUUCCACCUGGAUGAUAUAGUUUAUCAAAUGGAAACAUUGCCAACAAGCACGGAUUCAUUGGAUAAGAAAAACCGACUUUGGACCAAAUGUAUUGGUACUAUUAUUUCUAUAGCUACAGAAGUUUUGGCUAGCAAGUCAAAAGAACAACAUUCUGAGCUAGAGGAGGCACUUUUGAGAUAUGAUCUUACAAAAAAGUCAUUGGAAGAGAUUCAGGCGCUAUCUCAGAUUCAAAACAAGGAACUCAAAAAGAGAAAUACUGACAUUCAUGAAAUGGAAGGAAGGAUUGAAGAACUACAAACGUAUUGCCGCAAAAUUGAAUCCGAAUUGGAGAAUUCAAAGGAUGCGAAUGAUAGGGACAGUUGCUUGGAUAAGCAGAAGGACAUACGUGCAUGUAUAAAGCAAAUAGAAAAGCUAGAAACAAUCAUAAUAGAACUUGAAGAAGUAAAUGGAUUAUUAAAUCAGCAACUAGAAAGCUCCAAGAUAGAAAUGUAUGUGUGUAUUUAA